AUGAGCAACAUAAUGGAGCGAGAUGAAGAUGAGACGCUUGUUGGGAUGGGACUUCGUGUUUCUGUGUCCCCUACACAGUUGUCUUUUUACGUCAUCUUGGUGACGUUGGGCAUCCUGGGUAAUGCCAUUGUGAUUGGAGUGAUUGGUAAGAGUGUGUUUAUGGACCGUGGCGGAGGACGUAACUCGGAUAUCAUUAUCAUCAACAUGGCACUGUCUAACGUGCUGGUGUCCGUGAUGAGGAACACACUGCUUGUUAUUUCAGACAUGGGACUCGAGCUGUACUCAUCCAAAGAGUGGUGUCAGUUCCUGAUGGGUGUGUGGGUGUGGCUGCGAUCGGUCAAUGUCUGGUCAACACUCUUCCUCAGUGCGUUCCACCUCCAGACUUUGAGGCGUGUGGCUCCCACUAUCGGGAAUGUUCAUGGGCCCCGGGGUGCUCCUAAGCUACUGCUGAGUCUUGGCUUCAUAUGGCUUCUCAACUUUAUCUACUCCAUUCCUGCUUAUAUAUUUUCCACUAAUGGGGGUGUGAACACCACAGAGACUCUGAUGCUGGUGAGCAGCACAACACGCCCCCUGCUGGGCUGUGUGUGGAACUUUCCCAACAGCCACAGUGGCCUGGCCUAUGCCACCACAUCUAUGGUGAUCCAUGAGUCAGUCCCCAUAAUCUUGAUGGCUUUUACCAACCUGGGCUCCCUUUACACACUCUACACCCAUGGCAGGACGCGCAGUACGGUGCAAGAUGCACCUGUCAUAAAACGGGUGCCAGCUGAGCGACGAGCAGCCAAGGUGAUUCUUGGUCUCAUAAUGCUCUUCAUUGCAUCCUGGGGAACCAGCAUUAUCUCUGUCAACUAUUACAACUACAACCGUGGCGGAGCGGCUGAGUUUCUUCUGGUUAUUGCUCGUUUUGCUAACAUUAUCUUCAUCGCCAUGUCACCUGUUGUUCUGGCAGUCGGCCACAGGCGGCUGCGUUCUUUCGUCAAGUCUCUGCUCUCUCACUGACAGAGCUCUUGGCCGACAGUUCACUCUGCUGAAGCCAUGGAGGUGCAUCUCACACAAUUCUGCUAACCAUGAACUAUUCCUAGCCUCAUCUUCUCCAAGUAGUUAAAGGUGGUUUGUGGGCACAGGUGUGAAUAUACUGUAUGUUUUUCUCUGUAAACCUCCACAUAUGUGUGUGUCAAUGGAGAUGGACUCAAUGGAAAGGAAAGUCAUUCAGGCUACAAGGAUUUGUGCUACAUGACCCAGUGAAUUCAAUUCUUUAUGUAAAUGGUGCUGAUAGUUGGUGUGAUAAUUUACAAUCCAAACAAAUGGUCCAAAUAAAAAUGAAAAUCUACCAAAACUGUCAAAACCAAUUCAUUUAGAUUGCAUUGCAACACGUUUCUAUUAGUUUGCCAGCCAAUAUCUGGGUCUAACAUUUUUUUGUAUAUGUUCAGUGUAACGUUAUUUGUUACCUCGAUGGCUUCGGACUAAGCAUUUCAUAUUUUGACCACCUAUUUGUAAUAGCACAGAAUAAUAUUUUAAAUACAUCUCAAAGAAAUAAAUUAUGACUCAGAAAUCCCUGGCACACAAUUUGAAAUAUCUUGGUUUCUGGAUCUUUGUAGAUCCUUAUAAGG